AUGCUGUUCGUCCCAAACGGCCUCGCCUCCAUUCUUAAGCCGCGGUUUUUCUCAACUCUCACCUCCGUCAAUGCGUCUUCAUCGCCGUCCUCUCCCGAGUCCGAGGGUCUUUUUCUCUCCCUGCUCAGCCGGUUGCUCGCCCUGGUGGGGGUCGAUCCUGCCCGUCCACUGACCAUUUCGGACAUGGCCAAAAUCUCCCUACUUUGUGGCUUGGUGCCCGGCCUGCUGCUUCACAGGCAUCGUGCACAAACUGUGGGGAAAGGGCGUGACGGCGACAGCGCUUCCGGCAGCGUCUCAGAUACCAUUGGCCUAGAUGCUGUGGCUACGGACCCCGGCUUGCUGAAGAAGCACUCGACAUACAAGUCUUACACUGUCUCCAGUACUGGCUGGACAUACCCAUCGGUCCGCACCUUCUAUCGACCACACCCCCAGAGCGAUAAACUUCCUAAGAAGCCAGCCCCACUCCCGUUGUUUGUUUUCGUCCAUGGGCUUGGUGGCUGUGCUGCCCAGUUUCAAUCCCUCCUUACCAGUCUGGUCAACCUGGCCCCGUGCCUGGCCAUAGACUUUCCAGGCUGCGGCCUUUCCAAGUUUGCGCCAAAGAGCCCUGGCGCCUAUCAUGUCAAUGCACUUGCCGCCCUCCUCGAGACCGUGGUCGAUGAACACCGUGACAAAGAAGCCGGUCAAGGUGUGAUCUUCAUCGGACAUAGCCUCGGCUGUUCGAUAUCUGCCUAUCUGGCGUCAUCGUCGGCUCCUGAACCCCGGCCUCUUUCUGAGCAUGUGCUGGGUUUCAUCGCCAUCUGCCCCAAGGCGGAGCCUCCAACCGAGGAAGAGGCAGCUAAGUUCAACAAGCUGCUGAACAUCCCCAAUCCGAUCUUCGAUCUAUGGCGCCGCUGGGAUAGACGAGGCGGAACAGAGAGUGCCAGCGUACGGAGAUUUGUUGGCCCCGACGCCGAUUUGGAGACGAAGAAGCUUCAAGUUCGUUUCAAUAAGCAAAGCCGCACACCCGUGUGGAAAAACAUGGCUCGAGGGACGCUCCCGAGAACAUGGUGCCAAGAUCACUCCGGAAUCAUAGCCAAAAAGGAGGAAGGCAUGCCGGGGAAGGAGGUGUGGGCAGGCCUCGAUAUGCCAGUCUUCCUCGUCGCUGGAGAAGCGGACCCUGUCACCCCGCCGAACGAGAUCCGUAAAAUCGCAACUUUCAUGGGUAGAGGUGUUGGGCUUGCGCGGGAAAAAGGGGCAGAAGUUGUAGUCGACACGGCAGCUCCGGUCGAUCUCACCAGUGCGAACGGAUCGCCACAAACUUACAGAACCGGUUCGGAAACACUUCUCGAUAGCCUCGACACCGACUCAAUUCCGCCGCUCGAUGUCUCAAUAACAACUGAUGGAGAAGCUUCAGUAACUCUGAAGCCCAAGGCAAGAUGCCUCAAAACUGCCAUCCUCCCUUCGCCCGCUUCCCACGCCCUGCUCUACGCACCAACAACGGCGAGAACUCUGGCGGGCCUUAUUCAGGGCUUUCUCGCCGACCGGGUUGACAAGAGGCUUUCCCUUGGCUGGCAACUCAAGUAUCUCACCACCGAAGGGAAAUGGGAUGUCAAGAACCUGAAGAAAUGGCAGGCCGUCACUCCAGUCUCAGAGCCUAUCGGUGGUGUUUUCCGUGCAAUGAAAACGCUACGAGAGGUUGAUUCUGCACAUUGUCCCCGGAUCUUUGUGCAAGAAUGGCAAGGAAAGAUCCGCGCCGUCGUUGAUAUCAGCCACGAAAGCCCGGUCUAUGAUCCCAAAGGCCUGGAGAAUGGGGGCAUUCAGUACCACAAAUUCCCAACCGUCUCCAAACUUCCGCCGACGGAAGACGAGGUCAAGCAGUUCAUCACCUUGAUCGACAGGCUUCGCGGUGAGAAUGCUGGCGUUCCUCGCGAGAAAGCAUCGUACAACCUACCGUUGAUCGGCGUGCACUGUCAUUACGGGUUCAACAGGACGGGCUUUUUCAUUGUAUGCUAUCUGGUGGAGCGGCUCGAGUGGACGCUACAGAAUGCGAUCAAUGAGUUUGCGAAGAAGAGGUCGCCGGGGAUCAGACAUGAGCACUUCAUUGACACCUUGUUCGUUCGUUAUCACACUGGAUUGAAGCGGGAACCGACUUUGUAA